AAACAGUGCAGUGCAGCAAACAGGCCACAUAGUUCCUUGUAAAAGUGUUGAACCUCCUAAACGGGCCACAUGUUCACACAAACAGGGCUGAAGUGCUUCUCUUGAGCAUGUGGUCUUAGUAACACGAUCAGUGACUGGACCAUGUCAAAUCUCUCAGCCAAUAGCAUGCUUUGUUGACUGAGAUGGUCCAUCUUCUUUUCUUUUUGUCAUUUGCCGAGUCACCAGAAGGACACACAUCGUUCGCCUUCAUUUGACAUCCAAAAACGUAACCAAUCAUGCCUCUGCUGGUCUUGAAGACUUGCCGUAUCACGUUGGUGCGUUUGGCUGCUUUGUUGUUCACUUGUGCGGCAUUUAGCGUGGCGUCUCAUGGAGGGUUGGUCAACGGCGGCAUGGCCGGCUGGAGCAUCUUCUGCUGGGCUUUCAGCUUCGCCGGGACCCUGCUGGUUUUGGUGGUGAAGCUCAUGGGUCUCCAGUCUCGUGCCCCUGUGUGCUGGAACAACUUCCCUAUUACUUUUGCCUGCUACGCCUCGCUUCUUUGCCUGUCAGCAUCUAUCAUUUUCUCGCUCUACUUCCUGAAUGGCAAAAUGAGGCGUGACGAGGUGCAAGACCACCGGAUCGCCUCCUCUGUCUUCUCCUGCAUGGCCACCGGGAUUUAUUUCAUCGAAGUGUGUCUGACACGAGCGCAAACGGGCGAAGUCGCUGGGUACAUGGCGACGGUUCCGUGCCUGUUGAAGGUUUGCGAGACGUUCGUGGCCAGUGUCGUAUUCCUGUUUGUCAGUGACCCCGCCUCUUACGACAGUCACUCGGCUCUGAAGUGGUGCAUGGCCAUCUACUGCAUCUGUUUCGUGAUUUCGGCGGCCAUCGUGGCGAUGUGUAUUACUGAAUGCACCGGGUGCCUGCCAUUCCCAUUUACGUGCUUCCUUUCCACCUACGCCCUGUUGGCGGUCGUCAUGUACCUCACCGCUGCUAUCAUUUGGCCGGUCUUAAAGUUCGACAGCCAUUAUUCGAGGAGCUCAAGCCAACCGGACGAUAAAUUGGUCGCUGUCGCCGUGGCCGUUCUCACCGCUCUCAACUUCCUGAUCUACCUGGCAGAUCUGGUGUAUUCUGCCCAACUGGUGUCUGUCAAGGUGUGA